AAUUUAAAAGAAUCAUUUAUCAAUGAAUUUUUUUAUUAAUAGGAUUGUAACGAGUAAAAGUUAUAUUUUUAACAAAUGUUGUAAAACAAAACAUCCAAUUAAUUUAAUUAAUUUUGUACGAAAAACACGCACACGAAUUAAAUUCAAGUCACGUGAUAGACCAAAAGUUCAAAAAAAAUAAACCAAUGUGUAUAAAAACAAUAGUUUGGAUUUCAUUUUGUGGUUAAAAGUAGAAAAUAAAUUUGAAGUAAAACGUAAAAAAGUUCAAUUGACAUUAAACAUAUAAUGAUACAAUUUAUACAAAAGACAAGGGAGAACUUUUUGAACAAAGAAAUUCAUUUAAAUUAAACAAAGGAAGUAAAACAUGAGACAUUGAGACAUGAUAUUUAAUGUCAUAAUACAUUGCACUGUUAAAAAUUUUCCGGGGACCGACAAUUAAUAAUGUAAGUAGUGCAUAAGAUAAAUAUGUAAAGAAUGGAGAAGGCUUAGCUUAGAGACAAAAACUGUCAAAAACAACGAAAUUCUUUAUACGAUUAAAACUAACCAAUUAAAUAUUAAGGCGCAGCGAGAAACAAAGAGUAAUUAAUAUAAAACUUU